AUGAGUGCAGGCCAGGACCAAAAUUCGGCGGCACUCAACCCAUGGCCAGUCUACCAUGGAGUCAUGCAAGCCACUAGCCAAAUGACAUUGAACGCUUUAGGGCACUUGGGGAACCAAGACGCAGCUCCUCAAGAGCUCAUGCAACAGGUCUCUUAUGGCAACAACCCUGAGUCACUAAACCUGCCCAGUAGUCCAAUGGAGGCUAUGCUUGACAUCUCUGAGUUCUUCGACGCUGUCGGCCUAGACAUCCAACACGGAUUCAAUCUUUUCCCGUCCACAGGAUUCACCACAGGGCAAUUUCAGGAAUCCGAACAUAUCGAUUCAUCGGCUCCAAGCACGGGCCGGUAUCAGUCAACUCCUGAGAGUCACGAACUGGCGUCGAAUGGACCCCCACCGAUGCGGAACAUGAAUCCAAUCCCAGAUGCUGGUACUGGUGAAGGAGAAGAAGCUUAUAUCUCUGCUGCAGCCUCACGCCUAGACACUAUGAAGGCAAUCUUGUUGUUGGCAACCUAUUCUACCUGGCAAGAGGACUCCUGUAUCGUUCGAGAAUCCCUCGAGUACCCAGGCCUCCUCGCGCGGUGUCUGCGGGAGAGCGGACUUGUAAAUGAUGCCUCUCACACCGACGAAGACCUGGACUGGCAUUCCUGGGCACGAGCUGAGUCAGAUCGCAGGGCGAAGCUCGCCGCAUUCUGCUUCUUGAACCUUCAAACACUGGUCUUCAACGUUCCGCCGGUCAUCUUGGCGAAUGAGAUUGAUUUGUGGCUGCCAGUAACUUGUGAUGAAUGGAUGGCGCCUAGCGCUGCGUUGUGGCUAGAGACUCGUAGCAAGAGUCCGCCGCUCGUUCGCUUCCAAGAGGCGUUUGUCAACUUGGUCCAACCUCGCACGGAAGAAUGUCCAGUUCCUUCACCCUUUGGAAACUUUGUGAUGAUACACGCGAUCCUGCAGCGCCUCAUAGUCGCAAAACAACUCUCACUGGAUCCUGCAUCUCCGGGGUACGCACCCGAAGAGGUUGCGAAAUUCGAAUCAUCGCUACACCGGUGGCGUGACCAAUGGUGCAAGGCUCCCGAGUCCGUUUUAGACGUUAGGCAUACCAAGGGGUCUCUCUCUUGGACAGCGACGUCUCUGCUUGGGUUAGCUCAUGUACGCCUGCAUUUUGCUUCGAGAAGACCGCAAGAGGUUUGUUCCGGAAACCCAAAGACCAUUGCAGGCAAUGCUUGGGAUGCUCGGCCGCCAGAACGUGGGCCUCAGCUCGUCUACGCUCUUCUACAUGCGGUUCACGCAUUGAACAUUCCUGUGCAACUCGGUAUCGACUACUUGGCUAGCUGCCAGGCGUUCUUCUGGAGUCUGCAACACUGCUUCUGUUCCUUUGAGGCGGCAGUGUUUCUCAGUAAAUGGCUGUAUAUGCUCGCAGAAACACAGGAUACGGGAGAGUUGGAUAAUAAUAAGUUGGAUAGAGUGUGUUGUUAA